CUUCCACCGUCAUGUAACCAGCCGCGGCCCGGACAUGGGUUGGACUCCGAUCGUGGGGAUUUCUCUGGCCAUGCUGGGCUUCCUGGGUACCAUCCUGGUCUGCGGCCUCCCGGCCUGGAAGGUCACCGCCUUCGUGGGGGCCAACAUCGUCACCUCGCAGGUCUUCUGGGAGGGUCUGUGGAUGAACUGCGUGAUCCAGAGCACGGGCCACUCUCAGUGCAAAGCCUACGACUCCCUGCUGGCGCUGCCUCAGGAGCUGCAGGCCUCCAGGGCGCUGAUCUGCGUCUCCAUCGGCGUCAGCGUGGUGGCUAUCGGCCUGACCGUCGUGGGCGGCCGCUGCACCAACUUCUUCCGGGACGAGUGGCACACCAAGGCCCAGAUCGGCCUCUCAGGCGGAGUGGUGUUCCUCAUCGCCGGACUCCUCUGCAUCAUCCCCGUCAGCUGGUCGGCUCACAGCAUCAUCACGGGCUUCUACAACCCGCUGCCCACGGCAGAGCGCAGGGGAGAGCUGGGGGCCUCCAUCUACGUGGGCUGGGCCGCGGGCGGUCUUCUGAUCCUGGGCGGCGGAGUCCUGUGCAGCAGCUACAGAUGCUGAGGACCACCUUCAGCCAUGCCACUGGAUGAUGAUGGGAUUAUAUAGAAAUAUCAUUGAAUUACUUUGCACUAUUUCACGUGAGGUUGGAAGAAUGAAGGUGAAACACAUGAAGAACAAAUGUUCCUUUGGGACUAUUUCAAGCGCUGCUGAGAGAGCUGGGCCGAUAAUGUGGAGGACACGGAGUAGGGCGCGCGUCUGUCUGACUUCAGCGAGUGUGUCAAUGAUCCUGUGAAGUGGAUGCUAACUCACACUGCCGUCUGAAAUAUGUACAUAUGUUCACUCUCCAUGAAUAAAGCUUUGUAUGUUUGUAGAAA